UAAUAUUUUUUAUAAUACGUGCACAAACAAUAUAAAGAGCCAUAAUAUGUCAUGCGUAAAUGUUCUUUCCUCUCAUUAAAUGUGUGACAGUGAACGUGUUAUUCUCACUGAAAAACAAAGUGGAUCAUUAAUGAGUUCAGAUGAACGUAUCUAUAGCUGUUGAAACAGGAUUGGUCUGUAGAUAGCACAGGUGUUAAUAACAUGUAUCCAACAUGAUACUGCCAGUAAAGAGUCAUUACGUUUCUCUUACAUUACCUGUAGAGGUACAUGUAAAGUAAGCAGUACAUUUUAAAUUGAAGAAAUAUCGAAACAGAAUCAUCUCAUCUUGAAUUGUUAACAGAGGAUUAUGGGACAUCUUCGGCAUUAUUUGAUAUGUUUCAUUCUGCUAACAGCGUUGCCGUGUCUGUUGAGUUUGCUUCGCUGUGAAGAGGGACAAAGUGGACCCACUUAUGAGUCUUUACAGGAGGUGUUUGACAGAAAGCCUUUAAGACCUUCUGUAAACCUUAGCACCCCAACCAUAACAAACAUCUCAUUUACUCUCUAUGCUGUCUUAGGAGUGAAUGAAAAGGCACAGAUUCUUACCACAUUCCUCUGGCUCAGGCUGUACUGGUUCCAUGAGUUCCUAAUUUGGGAUUCGGAAAACUGUGAUGAUGUUACAAGGAUUUCCCUUCCUGUAAAAGAGCUCUGGACACCUGACAUUAUCGUUUAUGAGUUAUUGAUAGAGGAAGGCCCAUGUGUUGAUGAUGAUGUGUCUCAAGCUUGCCCUUACGUUUAUGUCAACCACACCGGCCACAUCCGCUACGACAGGAUGUUGAGGCUGGUUAGCGCCUGUAACCUACAGAUCUUCAACUUUCCCUUCGACAUACAGAACUGCACCUUCACCUUUGGCUCCUACAUGCACACCAUAAAGGAUGUUCGGGUCAGCCCUGCCCUGACCUUUAAGGAGAUGACAGAAAAUUCACAGCGUUACCUGCAGGCCAGUGGAGAAUGGGAGCUGGUGGUCAUCUUGGGCGAUGCAAACAUUUUGAAAUUCGGAGUAGAUGAAUGGGACAUCAUCACUUUCUGGGUGGUGAUAAGGCGACGUCCGAUGCUAUACGUCGUCAACCUGAUCAUCCUUAGCUCCUUUCUCAUGAUCAUUGACAUCCUCUCCUUCUAUUUGCCACCACACAGCGUGGAUCGCUCGUCCUUUAAAAUGACCCUCAUUCUGGGUUACACGGUCUUUCUUCUCAUUAUGAACGAUCUGCUUCCCAGUACUGCUAAUGGAACACCUUUAAUAGGUAUCUAUUUUUCGGUGUGUUUGGCGCUCAUGGUCAUCAGUUUACUGGAGACGGUCCUCAUCACCUGCGUUCUCCAUCAUAACUCCAUGAAGUACAGGGAAGUGCCACGCUGGGUCCAGGUGUUUGUCAUGGGGUUCCUCGGACGACUCGUUUGCUACAGGUUUCCCGAUGAUCUAUAUGCUAAAUCAGAGAAACAGGAUGUUGAUCUGUGGGUCACCACACCUGGAGACUCAGCCUCUAGUCAGCAGACAGCCAGUGGUUCUGGAAUGGUAACGCUGGAUGUGCCAAUACUCCGUCAGAUCAGUAAAGAUCUUUCAGAUAUGCAUUCGUAUUUUUCUGUUCUGCGAAAGGAAGACCAACUACAGGACCAGUGGUGUCAUGUGGGCUACAUCCUGGACUUCCUUCUGUUUCGCAUUUAUCUGCUGAUAAUCACGGGUUACGCGCUUGUGAUCAUUAUUAUGUGGUGCAUCUGGAUGAAUCAGUAGAAAGAGGCGAAAUGGAGACCAUUGAAAUUGAUUUCCUCAAUCCACAUGUAUUUUGUAUUUGUUUUUUGCCAUUAUUAUGUCAAUAUAA